ACCCCGUGGGCUCCCGCCUCCCGCCUCCCGCCUCCCGCGCGGCGCCCCGAUGGCCACGGCCGAGCCCCGGGUCCCCGGGCGCCGAGCGCUGCGCGCGCUGCUGCUGACCGUCGCGGUCUUCAGUUUUGCUUGUGAUGCCUGCAAAAAGGUGAUAUUUAAUGUACCUCCCAAGCUAGAGGCAGACAAAAUAGUUGGCAGAGUGAAUUUGAAAGAGUGUCUCAGGUCUGCAGACCUCAUCCAGUCGGGUGACCCUGAUUUCAGAGUUCUAGAUGAUGGAUCAGUCUACACAGCCAGCCCUGUGGUGUUGUCUGAUGAGAAAAGAUCCUUCACCAUAUGGCUUUCUGACACUAAGACACAGACACAGAAAGAGAUUAAGGUGCUCCUGGAACAUCAGAAGAAGGUGCUGAGGAAAAGACAUACUAAAGAAGCCGUUCUCAGGCGUUCCAAGAGGAGAUGGGCUCCUAUUCCCUGCUCAAUGCUAGAGAAUUCAUUGGGCCCAUUCCCAUUAUUUCUUCAACAAGUUCAAUCUGAUGCAGCACAGAACUAUACUAUCUUCUACUCAAUAAGUGGGCGUGGAGUUGACCAAGAACCUUUAAAUUUAUUUUUCAUAGAAAGAGACACUGGAAAUCUGUAUUGUACCCGGCCUGUGGACCGUGAAGAAUAUGAUGUUUUUGAUUUGAUUGCUUAUGCCUCAACUGCAGAUGGGUAUUCAGCAGACUUACCUCUUCCACUGCCCAUCAGAGUGGAGGAUGAAAAUGACAACCACCCUAUUUUCACAGAAGCUAUUUAUAAUUUUGAAGUUCCAGAAAGUAGCAAACUUGGUACUACAGUGGGAGUGGUUUGUGCCACAGACAGAGAUGAACCGGACACGAUGCAUACACGCCUGAAGUACAGCAUUUUGGAGCAGACCCCUAGAUCCCCUGGGCUCUUCUCUGUGCAUCCCAGCACAGGUGUCAUCACCACAGUCACUCAUUAUUUGGACAGAGAGACUGUAGAUAAGUACUCACUGAUAAUGAAAGUACAAGACAUGGAUGGUCAGAAUUUUGGAUUGGUGGGUACAUCAACUUGCAUCAUAACGGUAAAAGAUUCAAAUGACAACGCACCUACUUUCAAACAAAAUACUUAUGAAGCAUCAGUAGAGGAAAAUGCGUACAAUGUGGAGAUCUUACGAAUACCUAUAGAAGAUAAGGAUUUAAUUAACACUGCCAAUUGGAGAGCCAAUUUUACCAUUUUGAAGGGCAAUGAAAAUGAACAUUUCAAAAUCAGCACAGACAAAGAGACUAAUGAAGGUGUCUUGUAUGUUGUAAAGCCACUGAAUUAUGAAGAAAACCAUCAGGUGAUUCUGGAAAUUGGAGUAGGCAACGAAGCUCCAUUUACCAGAGAUGUCGCACUCAGAAUGACAACCAUGAAUAGAGCCUUGGUGACAGUUCACGUGAGAGAUCAGGAUGAAGGACCUGAAUGCAGCCCUGCAGCCCAAUACAUACGGAUUACAGAAAAUGCAGCAGUGGGGUCAAAGAUCAAUGGCUAUAAGGCGUAUGACCCUGAAACUAAAAGUAGCAACCACUUAAGGUACAAAAAAUUGAAUGAUCCUAAAGGAUGGAUCACCAUUGAUGAGAUUUCAGGGUCGAUCAUAACUUCCAAAAUCCUGGACCGGGAGGCCAUGGCUCCAAGAAAUGAGUUAUAUAAUAUUACAGUCCUAGCAAUAGACCAAGAUGGUAAAUCAUGUACUGGAACACUUGCUGUUAGCAUUGAAGAUAUGAAUGAUAAUCCACCAGAAGUACUUCAAAGUUAUGUAACAGUUUGCAAACCCAAGAUGAAGUAUACAGACAUUUCAGCUGUUGAUCCUGAUGAACCUAUCCAUGGUGCUCCAUUUUAUUUCAGCUUGGCAAACACUUCUCCAGAAACGAACAAAAUAUGGACCCUCACCAAAGUUAAUGAUACAGCUGCCCGUCUUUCAUAUUGGAAAAAUGCUGAAUCUCAGGAAUAUAGUGUUCCUAUUACUGUAAAGGAUAGAGAAGGUCAAUCUACAACAAAAAUCCUGACAGUUAAUCUGUGUGAUUGUACUCAUCCAAGUCAAUGUCGGGCAGCUCGAAGGAGUGCAGGAGUAAUACUCGGAAAAUGGGCGAUCCUAGCAAUACUGCUGGGUAUAGCAUUACUAUUUUCUGUAUUGCUAACUUUGGUAUGUGGAGUUGUUGGUGCCAAAAAAAGAAAAGGUUUUCCUGAAGAUUUAGCACAGCAAAACUUAAUUAUAUCAAACACAGAAGCUCCUGGAGAUGAUAAGGUGUGUUCUGCCAAUGGGUUUAUGACCCAGACAGUCAACAACUCUGGCCAAGGCUUUUGCGGUACUAUGGGAUCAGGAGUGAAAAAUGGAGGUCAGGAGACCAUUGAAAUGGUGAAAGGCGGACACCAGACACUGGAAUCGUGCCGGGGGACCGGGCAUCAUCACACCCUGGAUUCCUGCAGAGGAGGACCCACAGAGGUGGACAACUGCAGAUACACCUACUCCGAGUGGCAUAGUUUCACUCAGCCCCGUCUUGGUGAAAAAUUGCAUCUGUGUAACCAGAAUGAAGACCACGUGCCAUCUCAAGAUUAUGUCCUUACAUAUAACUAUGAAGGAAGAGGAUCUCCAGCUGGUUCUGUGGGUUGCUGCAGUGAAAAACAGGAAGAAGAUGGCCUUGACUUUUUAAAUAAUUUGGGAGCCAAAUUUACUACAUUAGCAGAGACAUGCACAAAGAGAUAAUGUUAAAGUGCUACAAUUAGACAUGUAUUUGCCAAAUAUUCUGGAGGUUUCCAAAAGCAAAGGGAUAUUGUAAAGUUCAAUUUCAAUUUCUAAUAUAUAUAAAGAUACAUAUAGAUAUAUUUCUAAUAUAUCUAUACAUUAGAAAAGAAUAUAUAACUUUCUAAAUUUUGGAUUGUACUAUUUACCAAGUUGUAUUUUUAUAGCAAUUUGUUGCUAAUGUUUUCCAAGGAAUUUGAAAUGUUAAAAUGUCUCUUGUCUUCUUUACUGCCAAGUAAAUAGACAGCUAGUAGAUCUCAUGCUGUAGCAUUUGAAUUAAGGUCUAUAAAGGACCUGCCAUUCUUCAUAGACACUUUACCAAUAAAUGUGUUAGGUUAAUAUUAGUCCAAUGAUAGCUAAGCUGUACUUGAUUGAAUAUAGAAUAGCUAUGUGGGCUAGAAAUUCUGUUCUUUUUCCAGAUUUAGAUUUAAGUCGAAUAGGAUUAUAUCAAACAUUUUGUUAAAUUAUAUUGCAUUUUUUAGCUCUUUAAAGAAUCAGUACCACCAAGCUGGUAGCUCCAGAGAGUGCUAGAAUUUCAUUUUCCUUCUGGCUAGCAACUAGAUCAUGAAGAGCAGGUCUAUCUACUUGACUGCCCCAAUAAGGUCUUAAAAAAUAUGAUGUUAGACUACACUGUAAUCAUAUUUUUAAUGAAAAAUACCAAAGACCUAUUGAGAUUGUAAUCACAAGUCUUAACAUCUUUUUCCCUGAGAUUCAGGACUACUAUUGGUAAUGUGCAGUGAUGAACAUUAUGCUGAGAAAAAAGUUGUUUUUCUUCUUUUUAAUAUCGUACUUUCAUGAUUUUAUUUGCAAGUUUAGCACAUCUGGCUUUUUAUUUUCUUUCAAUAGUAGUUAUUUGCAAUUAGAAUAUGUUCUCCUUAGACAGAGUAUGCCGCACCACACAUUCUGAAGAAACAGACCUUGUCAUAGUUAUGCGUAGCAAUGAGGGCUGAGUGUGCAUUUCCUUUCACUAUCAUUUUCACAUAAAUUGUUCCUUAUUAAAGCAGAUAAACAUUUUAAAAUGCUAUAAACAAUCAAAAGAACCCCUCGGAGCAUUUUAAUAUCUUUCAAACUGUUGCUUAAAAUUUUGUGCUGCUCAGCUUUGUUCAUGUGAUAGAGCCCCUGCAAAGGACUUGCAAAAAAACUCUAAAGAGAGGGUGUUUAAACUUAAAAUAAUUAACACCUAAUCUUUUGCAGAAUCUCAUAUCACAUUGUUGUAUACUCACUUCAUGCGUUAGCUUAAAAAAUAGAGAAGAAAUAUUAUGUAUCACCAAUUGAAGAAAAUUUUGGAAGAGAAACAAAACUAAAUUAACUUAAAAAUUUUGCAGCUGUGACGAAUUGGUACAUUGCCACUACAUGGGCUAACUCACAAAGUGAGCCUCACAGUCAAAUAAAGAAUGGGGGGCAAUGUUCAAUAUGAAUAUAGGCUUACCUGACUUUUUCUUUUUCUUUUUCUUUUUCUUUUUUUUCUUUUUCUUUUUCUUUUUCUUUUUCUUUUUCUUUUUCUUUUUCUUUUUUUUUCUUUCUCUUCUCUCUCUCUCUCUCUAUAUAUAUAUAUAGAGAGAGAGAGAGAGGAGAGACAGUGGUAUCCCCUGCUUUUCAAAAGUUUGUGUUUCACAAAGACCUACAUUAGCAACUGUUUUUGCUAACCUAAUGAUACCUGAAGAAGAUUUGCACUUAUAUGAAUAAAGGCAAAAAGUGAAAAUAGCAUUUAGGGCUUGUCUUGCAGUGAGCCUUAGGGAGGCAAGCGUGCACCCAGAGCAGAGAGCCGCCUUGCCAAGCGCCUUCCCCAGGAACUGUACUGUUUCUCAGCAUCCACUGCCAGAGUUUUGAAUGGCAUCUGCAAGCGUCUGUGCUUGAUCUCCAUUUAUUUUGUGCAUCCCUUAGUAAAAUGUGUCCUAAGGUAUCAGAAAAGCCGAAGAACGGUUAAUUUUUGGAUCUGACAACACUAAAAAGAUUUCCAUAUAAAUGAAUGGUGAUUGUUUCUUUGCUCUCUGCCAUUUUGGCUUAGAAAGUUUUCAUAGAAAUGCUAUAAGGGUAAACACACACACACAUGCACACAAAUAGAUAAAUAUAUAUUUAUAUAAAACUAUUAGUGCAACGUUUAAAAUAAAAUGAAAACCAAAGGGGAAUCUGAUAAAAUAAGGUAGGUGUGUCCUACAGUAGGAAUCCAGGAUUUUAAAAAGAGAGCCUCUUAGCCUUUGGUCUGUGCUGCAGAGCUGAGCAUAUCAGAAGAUAGUUCACGUACAUUUGCAUAAUUUCUUUAAAAUCGUAUACAGCUAAUUAACCUUCUCUGGUUUCAGUGGAAAGGAAGGAGGCAAGUAGGUGGAACAGUAGCUUUGCUUUGCAGUUUGGUUCUGCAUGCACAAACUGGCAAAAGCUGUUAGAGCUAGGGCUGCCUGACUUCCAGUGGCAAAGUUCCAGAGAUGCAGUGUUUUUCUUGGAGCUAAUACUGAAAGCUUUUUAAAAACCAAUUCUGGAAAAAGGAUUCUAUCACCAUUUUCUUUUUCUCUCUUUUCUACCAACAUUUUAAAACUUCAGAGCCAAAUAGCCAUAUUCCGCUGGUCAGAUUUUAGGGGAUAAAGGGAACAGGGUGAGAGCACAAAUCUUACUGAAGGGACCAAGAGGGGCAUGACCAUCCUAAGACUCCUUGCCAUUUGCUGUGUUCUAAUUUGAGCCUGGAAAUUGUAAAAUGCCAUUUCCCCACUCACUUCCCUGUUUUAAACUGGCGUAGUGAAUCAGACAUCUAGCCCUCCCAUCAGUCCCCAUUCUUUAACCUCUCUCCCAGUGUUGCCAGUAACACUUAGGUGGCAAAUGCUCCAGGCUGUCAAUCACCCUAUAGUUUGACUUAAUUUUUAUGCGAUUUCUUUCUUACAAGGAUUUUUCAAGUUAAUAGAAGAAACAAGCAUUUUGAAUACAGGAAAGAAAAAACUUAGUCAUCAUUUGAGAACACAGGGAGCUUAGGGAGAGUGCAAGCCCAAGUAGGAUAUUUGGAUAGUCAGCAACAUGAAAACCCAGGCCUUGAAGGGCAAGUAGAGAGCCAACAAAGGGACACUGAUAGUAAAGACAACACUGCUACUUAAGUUUUCUUAGGCCAGACCCUCCCUUUUGCUGCUUUUCUCAGGCCAAAGGCAGCUCCCAUUUGAAUUUAGGGGAAUAUCACCAACCCUUUCUCCAUACCUCACCUUAUUUGGAGUGUGGAAUCAAGGGAAGGGCUUACAUGACUGCGUGAUGCAUCUGCAGGCAUUUACAGGAUGGGCCCGAACUGGCUGUGCAGAACAAUCAAGGCAUUCAUGGGGAAUACUUUCUUCCUUAUGCAGUCCUCUGGGCACUGAGAUAGAAGGUGUUCAGUUAAGUGUGUAUCUAAAUUGUUUACCUGAUGCCACAUUUCCUGUUUUCUAAUUUUCCCCCUGAAAUCUAGAUUUUCAGACCUAGGCUUUUAAAAGGGUGCUUUUCCUUUUAAAGUCUUAUGUUUAAUGUAAACAUUUUUAACAUGUGAUAUUCUUUCCUUUUAUGUGUAAGGGGGAAAUUAUGUUAUUUCAGUGUGAAAAUAGCUUUCAUUUUUUUCCAGUGAAUAUUCUUGAAUUUUUAAUGUAAAUGUACAGAUUGUUUUUUCAUAUUUUUAUAAGGAAGCAGUUAAAUGUCUAAAAUGCAGUGAGGUUUGGUUUGCAGCAUUUUUAAUAGAACUUUAAGUAUGCUAUUAAGAGAAGUUACUUUGCUUUUAAAGAAACCUGGCAGGUUAAAAUAAGUAAAAAGGGGAUGUGUAAAGUAAUAGAUGCAGAUGCAGGAUGUAAUAAAACUGUUAACUCCGUAUCUUGUCUUUGCUAUCUUUAAUGAUUAAAUGAUUCCAAGAUGAACUGUUAUAAAAUUGUGCUUAAGACUGGCAGGAAAAUAGAUCCUUGAUAAUGUCUUCCUUAUAUUCCUGGGGAAUAUUUUAGAGAAUGAAUCAUUACCAAGUUGUCAGCAUUAUCUGUAUAUUAAACUAUGUGUGGGGGGAUAUCACUAUUUGGGGCACAGCUUUCCAAAUUAUAUCAAAAAUCUGUACCUCUC